CCGGCAUUCCUCACUGUCAACGCAAACAAAAAGAGCUCCUCACGAAGUUUCCUCCCUCUCUCUCUCUCUCUCUCUCGCCAUUACAAAAGGGGGAGGACAGCUUAGUUCGCUUCUCUUAAUCGCUUCCCGUGUGCCUCUGGACGCCUAUCACACAAGGUGCAUACUUGGGUCCUUCUCCAUUGCUCGUUUCCUCUGUUCGCUGUGUGCAAACACUUGUUCUUUUGAUCCAAAGAAGUGUUUUUGGUGUGACUGCUGGCUUCUGGGUGAUCUUUCACCACAACUUCUAAAAGAUGGAGCAAAACAUGAGUCCUUUUUCAGGGAAAAGCAAGAAGAGAAAGGCUUCAGAUGAUGCUUAUUUUGGCUGUGGCUUCUCCUUAGAUGAGCUGAAUCAAGACCUGCUCGAGAGGGUCCUUUCCUGGCUUCCUCCCUCGAGCUUCUUUCGCCUUCGUUCGGUGUGUAAAAGAUGGAACUCUGUUGCAACCUCUGCAUCAUUUCAGCUUGCCUGCUCCCAGAUACCCUUCAGAGACCCAUGGUUUCUCAUGGUCGAUCAGGACCUCGACCGGUCUAUUGUUUUCGACCCCGCCGAAGCUAACUGGAAAAUUCUCAACCAUCCAGCUUACCUCCAACAAAGACAUGGUUGCAAGCCCAUCCCCGUUGCAUCAUCCGGUGGUUUGGUCUGCUACCGCACCGAGUCCGGCGACCUAAUUGUGUGCAAUCCGGUCACCGGUGCCUGCCGCCAGCUCCCUCCGGCGGGCCAGGCCAGCGACAACCAAACCCUCCAUGCUAUCACCAUGUACUCCUCUCCAAAAGAUCCAGCUUCCUAUAGAAUUGUACUCGUCUCGGGCGAAUUCUCAGGCCUCUCUUUCAGGGUCUUCGACUCCGCCACAAACAGGUGGCAGCAUGAACUUCCGCUGGUUCAGAAAUCUGAGAAUUCCUCGGAAUCUAGCAUGACCGGCGACGAGACGGUGUAUUUUCUCAGCAAAGCUGGAGAUGUCGUGGCCACCGACAUGCAGAGGAGCCCAUCUAAGCAAUACUCAUCAGUUCUGACUGUGGAAAAUGGAGAAGAGGUGGUCUAUUUCCUUAGCCAAUCAGGGACUGUUGUGACCUGCAAUCUUGCUCGGAAGACCUUCUCUGAGCACCCAAGAUUGCUGCCAAUCUUUUCCGAGUACUCCAUCGACGUGGUCGAGUGCAACGGGGAGAUGCUGGUUGUCGUUCUGUCGGAGUUCCUGGAGACCGCAAGCUUGAGAGUCUGGAAGUUCGACCGCUCCUGGCGGCAGGUUGCAGCAAUGCCGCCAUCGAUGUCGCACGAAUUCUACGGCAAGAAGGUCGACAUAAACUGCAUCGGCAGCGGGGAUAUGAUCUUCAUAUGCAUCAAUUCCGGCGACUGCAGCAGCUACGUCUUGUGUAAUGUGGUGGCCGACGAGUGGAAAGAGCUGCCCAAGUGCUGUGUCAAUGGCAAGGCCAAGGAGUUCAUGUCUGCCUUCUCAUUUGAGCCAAGGUUGGAGGCUUCUGUCUGUCUGAGUGUCUCAUGAAGCUUGUCUGACUGUUUGCAUCUUAGAGUUAUAGUUUGAGAUAUUAUUACAAGCUCUCAUUUGUUGUUGUACAAGGGAAAAAAAGAAGAAAAAAAAAAGAAUCAUCCAUUGUGUAUGUAUGUUUCUGUGUUUGAGUAGGAAUCGAUCUUUCAUUUCCAA